AUGGCAUUCUGCUGAACACGCCUCCUUGCCAUGAUUGGUCUGUAGUUUUCGCGGACUUCAAGGCAAACUCGCAGCCAGAUAGUAUCACAUUUGUGCCGCGGGACUACAGAAAGUUGAAAUCCAGCGGCUCAGCAGCAACCAUGGAGCAUACAAAUGGUCACCACACUGACAAUGAGACAUGGGAUUCUCACAACAAGAUGAUGCUUGAGCCACUGUCUACCAAUGACCCAGAGGUCUUUGACAUCAUUAAGAAGGAAAAGAGAAGGCAGACGUAUGGCUUGGAGCUCAUCGCCUCUGAGAACUUCACCAGUCGUGCUGUGCUGGAAGCUCUGGGCUCAUGCAUGAACAACAAAUACUCCGAAGGAUACCCUGGCCAAAGGUACUAUGGGGGCACAGAGCAUGUUGACGAGCUGGAGCUACUGUGCCAGAAAAGAGCUCUGGAGGUCUACGGCCUUGACUCAGAUAAAUGGGGGGUCAAUGUCCAGCCCUACUCCGGGUCGCCAGCGAACUUUGCUGUCUACACAGCCCUGGUGGAGCCCCACGGCAGGAUAAUGGGGCUUGACCUGCCCGAUGGAGGUCACCUCACUCACGGCUUCAUGACCGACAAGAAAAAGAUCUCCGCCACCUCCAUAUUCUUUGAAUCCAUGCCAUACAAAGUCAAUCCGGAAACUGGUUACAUUGACUACGACCGCCUGCAGGAAAACGCCCGCCUGUUUCAUCCUAAGAUGAUCAUUGCCGGCACAAGCUGUUACUCUCGUAACCUGGAUUAUGAGCGCAUGAGGAAAAUCGCAGAUGAGAAUGGUGCAUAUCUGAUGGCGGACAUGGCUCACAUCAGCGGGCUGGUGGCAGCUGGCGUGGUGCCCUCUCCAUUCCAGCACUGUGACAUUGUGUCCACUACCACACACAAGACGCUCAGAGGCUGCAGAGCUGGAGUCAUCUUCUACAGAAGAGGGGUACGCAGUGUGGAUCCAAAAUCCGGGAAGGAGACCAUGUACAACUUGGAGAGUCUCAUUAACCAGGCCGUCUUCCCAGGGCUUCAGGGAGGACCACACAACCAUGCCAUUGCAGGAGUGGCUGUUGCACUGAAACAGGCUCUUACUCCAGAGUUCAAGGCCUAUCAGAGACAGGUGCUGGCUAACUGCAAGGCUCUGGCAGCGACCCUGAUGAACAGAGGUUAUAAAAUUGUUACAGGUGGCUCUGACAAUCACCUUAUCUUGCUUGACCUUCGGCCCAGCGGCAGUGACGGCGGGAGGGCAGAGAGGGUCCUGGAGGCUUGCGCUAUCGCCUGCAACAAAAACACAUGUCCAGGGGACAAAAGUGCUCUGCGGCCCAGCGGUCUGCGGUUCGGCUCCCCGGCCCUUACGUCCCGUGGAUUAGUGGAGGUGGAUUUCUGCCAAGUGGCUGAGUUCAUACACAGAGGCAUCGAGCUCACCAUUGAGAUCCAGUCAAGCAUGAACCCCAAAGCCACGUUGAAGGAGUUCAAGGAGAGUCUUGCCCAAAGUGAGAAGUACCAAAUGAAAGUGAAAGCCAUCAAGGAGGAGGUUGAGGCUUUUGCCGCUAAGUUCCCCAUGCCUGGCCUUCCAGAGUUGUGAAAGAUUAGCAGUCUCGCUGUCGGUGAGGUUUUCUCCCCUGUUUGAUUAUUCAACUGAUUGAGUGAAAUUCCAAUGUUGGGUAAUGGGCCAAUACGCACAUUUUACAAACUUGAAACUUUGUUUUACAAUAAAUAACUUCGACUAAGUGUCAAGUGAUUUAAUUUUUCCACUGUAUGUGUACAGAGGCCAAAAUAUGACAAAAGACCUGCUGAAUAUCUGGUAAACUUAAAUAUGGUUAGUCAAGUAAACUUUUAGCUUGUUGAACUGUGUGAAACUAAAUAAAAAUGUAUACUGUG